UAAGUUGGCACUGGUAUUCGUAUUUUUUUCUCAGUAAACCAUUGUUGCAAGAUGACAAAAGAAUUCUCGGAAACUUUUUCAACAAACCAAUAUUUGUGGAGAAGAUUGUCAUGCUGGUUUAAAGUGGACUUCACAACAUUUGUAUACAUCUAAAUUGAUUAAUUUAUAAAUUCGAGCUAGCUGUUUCUACUACCACAAAAUUCACACACAUAAUCGUACUAAUUAUUUUACAUUUAAAUCUCUUUACAGGCGACAUUUUAGUCUCAUAUGUGAAUGUAUAUGGACUUGGAAAAAUUUAUAUCUAGCAACCAAAAUUUAAUUCUAAAAAUGGGAAACAAAUCAUCGAAAAAACAAAUAACACCGAAAACAAUGGAAGAACUUCGGAGUCAUAUUGAUGUUGAGUUUACUUCAAAAGAGAUCCAAGACUGGUAUAAGGACUUUAGAAAAGACCUCCGGCAUGGGGAGACAGAACUCAACAAAACUGCAUUCAUAAAAGUAUACAACAGUUUGUUUUCUGGUGAUGCCUCUGAAUUCGCAGAGCAAGUUUUUAGGACGUUUGAUCGUGACGGAAAUCACUCUGUGGAUUUUAAAGAAUUCAUUUUAGGACUUUGUUUAUCGGGAAGUGAAAAUGCAGAGAAAAAAUUAAAGUGGGCCUUCAAUAUGUACGACAUUGAUCAAAAUGGUUAUAUAACAAAAGAGGAGAUGACCCACAUUUUUAAGGCUAUAUGUAAAAUGACGGGCAAAGUACCACAAGAAUUUAAAUCACCAGAGGACAUGGCAGAGAAAAUCUUCAAUAUGCUGGAUAAAAACUCAGACAGUGCUAUAAGUCAACAAGAGUUCAUAGAGGGAGCAGAUAAGGUACAGAUCCUUGUGGAUCUUCUAAGUUGUGAUCCUGACUCAUGAAGAAUUUUUGGGCGAAAAUAUCUUGACCUUUACUAAAUGAUGUGCUUGAUAAAGUAAUUUAAUGUAAUCAGUGUUUACAUAACACAAUAAAACAUAUACUAGUA